GUGUGGGUGUUCUCCCUCUCCAUAUGGACUGUGACAAUGUGUGUGUUGUUCGUGUAACUCUGUCCGUCUCUUUCCCUCUUUAUAUCCGCCGCUCUCGCGGCCGUCAUCGCAUGGGAGUCUCUCCACUAUCAGACCCGUUAACAGCAGUCGGCGUCGAGGCACCCGAUCUAACGGCUAACGUCUCUCACAUCCCCGGGCUUCAGCCGGUGCUCCGCCGUUUUCGACCUGUCCUAUCCGGCCGAUGGACUGCACGGAAAUCAGUGUCGCUCACAACCGGAAGCUGCGUCUUCUGUGCCAAACGUAUUUACUGUCGCGAAGUCGGUAGGAGCUGUCCUACAAGGAUCCAUCUACGUGUUGAUAAAUCGCGGACGGUUUCGAGUGCCCGCGAAAGACGUAGACGAAAAAAACUCUUAGUGUUUGUGCUGAAUACGUUAUUAUGAGAUUGACGUUGAUAAUCCUUGGAAGUAUGAAAUCCGCGAACAGAUAGUUCUGAGAAAGAAUUUUCCUGAACGCACUUAAUCGCGCGUAUUGCUGUUUAAAAAGAGAAUUUUCUUUUCUAAAAAAUCACCGAAGAAACGGUGAUAACAAUUGUCAUCUCUUUCUCCUGGAGAACUCUUAGAGACAGAUCCGCCGACGGUUUUGAAAGGACUUUUCGAUUAGUUACGUUGAAGAAAUUAAACAAUACUGUGUAUGUUUAUUUAUUGCUGAGGAAACGUAAGAAUCAUCAGCGUGGUGGAGGAGAAUGCGAAUGUCGUGUGCAGUGACGCGAAAGUUAUAAGAGAGUGAACGGACUCGAGGUCCAGGAUGAUGGAAGUGCAGCAGCAACACUCGCCUGUCGGGGUGGGUCCGCUAGACUUUUCGAGACGAGGAGUUGCCGAGGCAUCGGCGUUUCGAGUUGUCAAGCCCAAGCAACCGGCUUCGUCACUAGUGCAUCAACAACCGCUGCCGCCGGAAACCAACAACAAUGAGAAUCUUCAGGAAAACUCGCAGAUACCAAUCGAUAGUGAAGGAGGAUGCAAUGUUCGUUUAAUGUUCCCUAGAUUGUGGGCACCUUUCGGAAAUACUACGGAGAUUACGAACCUGCCACCUUUACCAAAAAGUCAUUCAGAACGGCUGUCGUUCGGAGUGGGUCGUCUGGUGGGCUCUCCAGCGACGAGGAGUCCCUCGCCAUCGCAAUCUCCCUGUCCGGAUUCACCUCCGCCCGAGCAUCGGGACGCCGAGGUGGACGUCGAUGUCGGUGAGGAGGAAGUCGACGUGGACGUCGAGGAGGUCGGCGACGAUGAUGACCACGAAGGCACCUCGAGCCCUCCGCGAUCGUCAUCGACGCCGUCACCGUCGCCCAUCAGCGUCGCGACGUCACCCGUCUCGCAUCCGCCGAAGAAAUCCGGCGAUAGUUUCAGCGUGUCGGCUCUUCUGAGGCCAGACCCACCCUCCGCUCACCUGCAGAACGCGUCACCGCAUCGAGAAACCGCUUCCAUGGGCGCUCAUCCGCCACCACCCGGCUCGUCUAUUCUAUAUCCGCCGUUGCAUCUUCAAGGCGGCCUCCUGCCGCCUCAUCCGCAUCAUCCCCUCUCGUACCUGCAUCCUCAACUGUUGCCGCAUCAUCUUCUGCCGCCGCAUCUGCACCCGCUGCUACGCGGCGUUCAUCCGGGUCACCCGGGACUGCAUUCGACUCACACGGCGCACGGUCUGCAUCAUCCCCAUCCGCUCGGCGAUGUCUACAGCUGCGUCAAGUGCGACAAGAUGUUCAGCACGCCGCAUGGGCUCGAGGUGCAUGCGAGGCGAUCACACAACGGUAAACGGCCAUUCGCUUGCGAGUUGUGCAACAAAACCUUCGGCCACGAGAUCAGCCUUACACAGCACAGGGCCGUGCACUCGGCGGAGAAGGUAUUCGAGUGCAAGCAAUGCGGUAAAGCCUUCAAGAGAUCCAGCACGCUCAGCACUCACCUUCUAAUCCACUCGGACACGAGACCGUAUCCCUGCCAGUUCUGCGGCAAGCGAUUCCAUCAGAAGAGCGACAUGAAGAAGCACACCUACAUACACACUGGAGAGAAACCUCAUAAGUGCCAAGUGUGUGGCAAGGCAUUCUCGCAGAGCAGCAACCUGAUCACGCACUCGAGGAAGCACACGGGCUUCAAACCGUUCGCCUGCGAGCUAUGCGGCCGGGCUUUUCAACGAAAGGUCGACCUGAGGAGGCACCGCGAGACCCAGCACGCUGACCUCAACGCGUCGCAUCGACCGCCGAUUGGUUCGAUUCCCGGACAGAAUUCCCUACCCAGUGGAAAUCCAUCGAUGAUGCAGUGAAGCUAUGACGAGGCAGCGAUUGAUAAUAAGCUGCCGGUCUCCGGCGCGGAACGGCGAUUGCAGAUGAUUGCAAUUAGCGGUCCAUUUCCGCGAAUCAGGCGGUCUGACCGGAUUGAGACCGUAACCACUGCGAGAACUGAAAUCAUGAACGAUGAUCGUCAAUGAUGGCGGAGACGUGACCGAGAGCGAUAAAUUAAUCUCAUGGAUAGAAUCAUGAGUAAAGCGAUUGCGGAGUGUAUCGUGAUGGAUUCUGGCUGGAUGAUGUCAACUUUUUGCAUCUCGAAUUAUAUUUUAUAUUUUUUGUUUAACAUAUCCUUCUCACAAUUAAAAAGCUAUCUAAGUGAUAUAAUUUAAAUUUUAAUCUAAAUUUUUACAUUAUUUCAAUUUCAAUUAUUAUAUUAAAAGACGCAAUAUAUAUAUAUAUAUACAGAAUUGAAUCAAUAAUAUAUUAAUUAUUUUAAAAAUCAUUAGAAAGCAAAACAUUAAUAUCAUUCAACCGCAUAUAAUAUUGAAGAUGCAAAAUUGCAUGUAAAUUCAGAUCGUAUGAUGGACGCAAAAAUAAUCGGAAUAGUGCAAUUAGAAAAUGAAUUAACGGAACAAUGGAAAUUGGCUGAAGGUGGGGAACUCUAAUAUUUUUUUUUUUUU